AUGCGUCUUCUCUGUCUUUUCCUCGUCCUCGCAGUAUGUCUGCUGCAGGUCCUCGCGGCCGAGGAUUACUACAAGAUCCUAGGGUUGGAUAAAUCCGCCUCCGAAAGGGACAUCAAGCGGGCGUAUCGCACGUUGAGCAAGAAGUAUCAUCCGGAUAAGAACCCAGGCGAUGAAACGGCGCGCGAAAAAUUCGUCGAAAUCGCCGACGCCUACGACGUGCUCUCCACCGCCACGACACGCAAGAUCUACGACCAAUACGGCCACGAAGGCAUCGAGCAGCACCGGUCCGGCGGCACGGCCGGGCGACAAGCACACGACCCAUUCGACCUCUUCUCACGAUUCUUCGGCGGCGGCGGACACUUCGGCCACGCGCCGGGCCACCGUCGCGGCCCGGACAUGGAGUUCCGCGUAGGCCUGCCCCUGCGCGACUUCUACAAUGGCCGCGAGGUCGAGAUCGUGCUCGAGAAGCAGCAGAUCUGCGACGCCUGCGAGGGCACGGGGUCCGCGGACAAGGGGGUCAUCACGUGCGACAAGUGUUCCGGGCGGGGCGCGUAUAUCCAGAAACAUAUGCUCGCGCCGGGCAUGUUCCAGCAGGUGCAGAUGCAGUGCGACAAGUGCGGCGGACAGGGGAAGAUGGUGAAGAAGCCGUGUGGCGUGUGUGGGGGACACCGGGUGGUGCGGCGCGACGUCGAGACCGCUUUUACCGUCGAGCCGGGCAUGGAUAAGGGGCAGAAGAUCGUGUUCGAGAACGAGGCUGACGAGAGCCCCGAUUGGAUCGCCGGUGACCUGGUGCUGGUGCUGGAGGAGCGGGAGCCCGAGCUGGGCAAGUCCGAGGAGCAGCGCACUGACGGUACCUUUUUCCGGCGCAAGGGUCGCGAUCUGUUCUGGAAAGAGGCUCUCUCGCUGCGCGAGGCCUGGAUGGGCGAUUGGUCGCGCAACAUCACGCAUCUCGACGGUCACGUCGUGCACCUCUCCCGUCCCCGGGGCCAGGUCGUUCAGCCGCUCUCCGUCGAGACCGUUGUGGGACAGGGCAUGCCGCCGUACUCGGAGGGUCAUCUCCACGAUCAAUCCGACGAGGACGAUGACGUUCCGGGCAAUCUCUACGUCGAGUACACCGUCAUCCUGCCGGAUCAGAUGGAGUCCGGCAUGGAGAAGGAGUUCUUUGCUCUAUGGCAGAAAUGGAGGAAGAAGAUCGGAGUCGAUCUCGCGGCGGAUGGGAACCGGCCUGCACAUGCACAUGCACACGCCGAGAAGGACGAGUUAUGA